UGACGAUCGGCCAUUGAUUCCUCUUGCCAUGUUAUGCAAUCUGCAGGUGGGGUUCAACCUUGGGUCUGGUUGCAAAUUGUCGUUGCAAGCGAGACCAACGACGAACAGUCUCCCACCAACAAGCUGCUACGACAUCGGCCAGGGGAACGCUUCUCCAGUAGUGGCCGGCUACUUGCUCACAGUCACAGCACCGCGAUACGCCUCGUGACCCAACAAAGACUACCUUGCGCUACGAGUCCCCUGCCACCGUCUUACCGAGUCGACCGAUACGAAUAUACGCAUCCUUACUCGUAAAUUUGAAGUCGCAAGAACAGAACCAAUCCAAACCAAACCACUAGUUUGCAAAUGCCUGUACCUUCCCAGUUGGAUCGUCCCUAUCGAUAUCAAUUGAUCAACAUCCCCGGGCCGAAGAGGCCACCUUGACCUUUUUGCAGGCAUUUGCUCGCUCUCACCUUUGAGGUGUUGGCUGCUCCUCCUGCUCCUCCCUUCACUCCACCUGUUCAUGCGCCUGUGCUGCCACGGUAGUCCAAGGUAGGUAGACUCCAAGGGGGCGUCAAGACAUGAGGUCUGCUACGUCAUCUUCGAGCUCUACCUCGUACACUACUGCAUCUGCUGCGCUACCGAAGCAAAAGAAUACUGUGUGAGAGGCAAACAACCUCGCAUCACCCCACGUGAGACGUCGAAGUCGAAGUCGAAGUCGACACUCUCGCCUCAAUCGAGUCACGACUUUGCUGUCCAAGCCCCUGCCCUCCAAUCCACUAGCCUUUCUUGCGAACCAUGGCGGGCGCCUUACUCCUCACCCUCCUCCUACUUCCUGCGGUACUCUUCGCCCUCUGGCACCUCAGCGCAACCAGUGUCCCACCAGUUCCAAACUCGCUUCGAAACAAGCGCAUCAUCCUCCUCAUUGCGCACCCUGACGAUGAAUCCAUGUUCUUCUCUCCAACCCUCCAAGCCUUGACACACCCUUCGCUACAAAAUCACCUGAAGAUCCUUUGCAUGAGCACUGGCAACGCCGAUGGCCUAGGAGACACUCGUCGUUUGGAGCUGGAAACAGCGGCUUUGACGCUUGGCUUACGUCGGAAAGAGGAUGUGUUCGUAUUGGAUGAUGAGCGAUUUAAGGACGGAAUGAAGGAAGACUGGCAAUCGGACGACAUUGUACGGGUCCUGGCAAGCGCAUUUGCCCCUCAUCUGAAUGCUCCCACUGCGCCAGCGAGCAGCACCGGAUCCAGCGGGGACAAGGACAAAGAACGGAGAAAGUCAAAGUCUAGCAAAUCUAGCAAACUCUCACCAACCUCGACAUCCACUGCCACAGAGUCGACAACGACCCCCGCAACCGAAGGACCCCGCGCCUCGAUCGAUGUCCUCAUCACAUUCGACGAGGCCGGUGUGUCCUCCCACCCGAACCACAUUGCUCUAUAUCACGGAGCACGACAGUUCGUGCAGAGUAUCAUGAAAGGCCAUUCAGGCUAUACCUGUCCCGUGGCUUUAUACACACUUCCCUCCGUCAACAUUGUACGGAAAUACAGUUUCAUCAUGGAUGCACUCCCCACCUUCCUGAGCGGUAUUUCCGGAGCCUUGACAGGGGGUGGAAGUCAAGACUCGUCAGCUAAACCGGUGGUAUUUGUCAACGAUAUCGCGAGGUAUUGGAAAGCGAGGGAUGCCAUGACUUCAGGCCAUAAGAGUCAGAUGGUCUGGUUUCGUUGGGGUUGGAUUGGCCUAGGUCGAUAUAUGGUCGUUAAUGACCUACGGACGGUGAAAAUCAUAGCUACGUAGAAAGGGCAUACAUGGAAAAUACGUUCCUAAGCAAUGUGUGCUGAAAUCUGUCGAAUUAUGAAAAACUAAACAAUGCCAAUGCCAAUGCCAUGAUCGCAAACUUGGUCAAGACCG